AUGAAACUGGAAGCACACGACACACCGUCAGCAAGACAUUUUGGAUACUGCAGGUCGUUUGUUAGAUUGUCCCAUAAUCUGCUAUUGGUCAAGAAUGAUCAAGGAGAUGAGAGAGUAUACGAGGUUGUGCGACAAGUGCCAAUGGUUCAUGAAAGGGACCACAGCAAAAAAAAUGUUCUCAAGCAGCUGCCUGGACCUACGAAGAUCUGGUCGGAAAUUUCGAAGGAUUUUGGGUCAGUCGAGGCUCCGAAAGUCAAGGAACCGAUUCCAUAA